CUGUUGUGAGUGGCUGCUGGAAAUAAACGUUAUCUGUAAAUAUAUGGAAAUUUGAAUAUUGUUUAAACUGCAAAUUCAUGUGCAUGCGUAAAACAGCACUGAAGGAAUGUUUAAAAGUUUCAGAAUAUCAAUAUAUUUAUAUAAUGUACUGAAACUCAAAGCCUAUUAACAUAUUUAAAAAUAUAAUUUGUACUAAUGCGUGUCUGGAGAAACUGAAAAUAUAUGGCUGACAUGUGUUUAUAUGAGCGUAGAUGCAAAUUUUAAUGUUAGAACAAAAGGUAAUGACAUGCUUAUAUUUUUUUAUUUAAGUGGAUUCAGUUUUUGAACCUAAAGAAUUUUAAUAUGUUUAUUAUUGAUUUUCCAAGCAGUGAAUGAUCAUGAUUACGAAAAGUUCUGUGUAUCAUUGAAAAAUUUUCUGUGUCUUUCAUCGUAUGACAUAUUCAUAUUUUUCAUUAUACGUACCACAGUUUAAUAUACUUGUAUUAUUUUGCUAACAUGGUUAGAUGCCAUAUGCAACAUUUAGCAAAAAUAUGCAAAAUUCAUAUACAAUAUAUACAUAAGUGACACAUACAUUGAGUAACUAAUGAAUACAAAAAUUUUAUCCUUUGUUUGACAUGGAGUUUGAGCAAAAUGACAGUGUGUGUUCCCCUAUGGCUGAUAUUCAAGAAAAGCCUAAUAUACAUGAAGUCUAUGACUACAAAUUCAAAGAGAAAAUUGAACAUCUUCACAUAGGUCCGGAAGCAAGUCCUUAUAUGUGUAAUAUUUGUGGUUGUAGAUUUAGAGAAAGUGAUAUGCUUUCUAAUCAUGAUUGUAAUGUUCAGGGCAAAAAAAAGCUUCAUGAAUGUGAAGUAUGUAAUAAAAAAUUUAAAAGGCUAAGAGAUUGUAAGGCUCAUCUUAUCUCCCAUACAGGUGAAAAGCCACAUGUAUGUACUGUGUGUGGAAAGAGUUAUGUUUUCAAAAGUGCGCUUUCAAAUCAUUUUCGUAUUCAUGCUGAAGAAAAACUAUAUAUUUGUGAUGUUUGUAAUAAGUCUUUUGUGAGAAAAAGUGGUCUCAAGUUACAUUAUUUUACACAUGCAAGUAUACUUUCAGGUAUAAAACAUUUUGCAUGUGAUCUUUGCGAUAAAAAGUUUAGACGGCAGAGUGAUCUACUAGCUCAUUAUCUGAUUCAUGCCGGAGAAAAACCAUAUGCUUGUAACUUAUGUGGCCAAGUAUUUUUAAGUAAUGCUCAGUUAAAUAAUCAUGUAUUGGUACAUAAUGAUGAAAAACCUCAUAUGUGUAGUUUAUGUGGAAAACAUUUCAAAACAAAAAAAAUACUUUCACGGCAUUAUAUUAGUCAUACCAGAGAAAAACCUUACGUGUGUGAAAUUUGUAGCAAAUCUUUUAAGAGGAAAAAUAAUCUUACAGCACACUGUAUGACACAUACAAAUGACAAAGCUUUUAUUUGUGAUGUUUGUAAUAAAGGUUUUGGAAGAAAAGAUGGACUAAAGGCACAUUAUAAGACACACACAAAAGAAAAGUCCUUUUCUUGUGAUAUUUGCAAUAGAGCUUUUGGGAGGAAUGAUAGCCUGAAAGCACAUUAUGUGACACACACAAAAGAAAAAUUAUAUGAAUGCAAUAUUUGUAACAAGAAAUUUAGCCGAAAAGGUGUUUUAACAGAUCAUUAUAAGAUUCAUACAGAUGACAGGCCUCAUGUUUGUGACAUUUGUGGUUAUAGGUGUAUUCAGAAAUCUACUCUUACUCAACAUAGAAUUACUCACACAGGGGAGAAACCAAAUUUGUGUAUCGCAUGUGGAAAAAAUUUCAGAUCAAGGAAUAAACUUAUUCAGCAUUCCCAGUUACAUACAGAACUCAGUGUCUGAGAUUAUAUUAAGUAUUUUAAGCCAAUAUGUGUUCUUAUUAAAAAUUAUGGAACUACUCUGAUAUGCGCCCUCAAGUCGCCAAAUUUCUUGCCUCCACGCUGCCAUAUUACUAUCUAAAUUUUUUGUC